UUUAGCUUUUUCAACCCUUUACACACACACACACACACACCCCUCUGGUUGUGGAAGUUUAUCGUUUAAAUAGUAAUUUUAUUUUUUAGAAAUGAUUGGACAGAAAAGUAUUAAAUCGUUUUUCUCGCCAACGAGCAAAAAAAGAAAUCAGGACGAGAUAACUUCUUGCCACGGGGAUGAUGCGAAAAGGCAAAAGUUGGAGAGCAGCGACUUUACAUGCUCGCCUUCACUGACACCCGAGCAACUGGAACGGAUCGCCAAAAACAAGGCGGCGGCUCUGGAACGACUGGCGGCGGCACACCAAACUUGCCCGGACGGGUUCGGAGAGAGCUGGCGGAGCGCGCUCAACACAGAAUUUGGGAAGGCCUACUUUAAAUCAUUAAUGGCUUUUGAUGCUGAAGAGAGGCAAAAGCAUACCAUCUAUCCACCUCCACAUCAAGUUUUUACCUGGACACAAAUGUGUGACAUAAAAGAUGUAAAGGUUGUGAUACUUGGCCAGGAUCCUUAUCAUGGACCUAACCAGGCUCAUGGACUGUGUUUCAGUGUUCAGAGACCUGUGCCACCUCCACCAAGCUUGGUGAAUAUGUUCAAAGAACUGUCAUCAGACAUAGAAGGCUUUGAGCAACCCGGUCAUGGAGAUCUUACGGGAUGGGCAAAGCAAGGAGUUCUGUUGCUGAAUGCUGUGCUGACUGUGCGCGCACACCAGGCCAACUCUCACAAAGACAAGGGGUGGGAGAUCUUCACAGAUGCUGUGGUAUGCUGGCUCAGCACUAACUUGCAGGGUCUUGUUUUUCUUCUCUGGGGCUCCUAUGCUCAGAAGAAAGGGGCUGCCAUCAAUAAGAAACGACACCAUGUUCUGCAUGCAGUCCACCCCUCACCACUAUCUGCUCACCGUGGCUUCUUCGGAUGCAAGCAUUUCUCAAAGACCAAUGAACUGCUGAGGAAUGCAGGCAAGCAGCCCAUUGACUGGAAAGCACUCUGAUGUUUCCCUUUUUGGCUGAAUCAACCAUGCAAACAAAAUGGAAUGUUGUUGGUCCUGUUUUUAGUUUUUUGUUGUGUUGUUUUUUUUUUGUUGCAUUUUUAAGUGAUCAAUGUGUUCCUUCUCAGUACACUAUAUAGUUGUUUUAUAUACUGGAAGGGUAGGUAAAUAGUUUAUAUUAAUUGCUAUUCAUUUAACCCCGUUCUUUUUUCACGCAGCUCCAUGAAUAACUCUUCAGAUUUGUGUUUGUUCGUUAAUGUUAUUUUAGCUAAGUCACACUUCUAUUUUAUAUAGAGGAAGGUUUCUGAUCAGUGUGUAUUUUAAAACUUUUGUCAUGUACAACACUAACAGCAGGGGUGAAGUGUUCGUGUUUGUUAUGCCUGUAAAUACAAUAAACUAUUUUCCCA